UUCCACACAACUCCAACUAUUUGAGUUUGUUUCCAAUUGCUCACUUCUCUCCUCUCUAUCAAUGCUCUCACUUCACUCUUCAUAUUACCAUUUAUGAAGAAGUGCCCAUUGUUACCCAAUUUGUGUUUGCUCUUCAGUCAUGUCUUUCUCUUCAUGCUUCUCCCGUUCACCUUUGCCACUCGAGGUUGUAAAACCUUGUAAUUCAGUUGGGAAGGGGCUAAAUUUUCCUUUCCCUAUCAGAAGUAAAGGUGCUGAGCUUUGUAACAGACACAUUGUGAGAAGUAGAGUCAAUUUGAGCGGAGAUUGGAGUUUCAUAGGAGGAUCCAAAUUUAUUGUGAAACCAAAAGCCACAAGAUUGCUUCAUUAUCCCAAAUGCGGUCAAAUACAUGCUUCAUGGUUCUUGGGAUCUCAACUUGCUAGCAAUGCAUUUACAAUUGGAACAAUAGCAGUGCUCCCAUUUUACACACUCAUGGUUCUAGCUCCAAAAUCUGAGCUAACCAAGAAGUCUAUGGAAAGUAGUAUACCGUAUGUAGUACUUGGCAUUCUAUAUGCAUAUUUAUUGUACCUUUCUUGGACCCCUGAGACAAUCCAAUUGAUUUUUGCAAGUAAAUACUUGCUACCAGAGCUGACUAGUAUAGGAAAAAUGUUCUCCAGUGAGUUGACUUUAGCCUCUGCCUGGAUUCACCUGUUGGUUGUUGAUCUUUUUGCUGCAAGGCAGGUUUUCCAAGAUGGACUGGAGAAUCAGAUUGAAACUCGGCAUUCGGUUUCUUUUUGCUUGUUCUUUUGCCCUAUUGGGAUUCUUACUCAUGUCAUCACCAAAGCCAUGACCAGAACUUCCAGAAAAGAGGGUCAUACUUUAUAGAUGGCACUGUUAAGCACAGAAGUAAACUAGGAUUUCGUUUGAAGUUUAAGAAUUUUAG